CCCGGUCCACACUGCUGGGUUCCUCCAGUUGGUGAGUGAGGAUCGUGGAUCCGGAUCAUCCGCUGCAGGCAGCAUCCCAGGCCUCGAUAGUGUUCGCUGGGGGGGAAAUGGAGGUUGCUGGCAAGGCUCCCUCCUCCCGACUUCGUCCCCAAACCGGUUCAGCUUUCUCCCGAAAGGCGUGCCAGACUGCUUCGGGUUCCGCGGCUGAGUGAUCCGGCGGCUGCAUCUGGAGCUAAAAAGUAAAGGCACCACGGAGGAGCAGGGGAGGAAGAGAAGCUCGUGGGUGGCGGGUGACCUGACCUGGCCCAGAGCCAGCAGGAAGGGUCUGGGUAUGGAAUUCUGAUCAGGCUAGGGCUAGGCGACUCCAAAAAGGCUCUGCCUCCCUACUGUGAGCAGCGGUUUCGAGGUACAGCCCAGGGUCCGCAGCGAGCGCAGAACCACGCGUGCCCGAAGCCCACUCGAAUGCUGGGCGCCGGCAUCUGGGCUACGCCCCCACUUUCGCGCUCCGCCGAGGCGCUGCUUCAGGCUCGGAACCCCACGCCGUGCAGACUUCCUGAGCUGUUCCUCCAGCACGGGGGGUGCACAAUCCUGUCCGGGGAUCCAGCCCUUCAUCCGUGCGUGGCCGAGCCCUGGGUGGCGGCGACCGUAUUCGGAGCCGCACAGUGAGAUCCGGAGCGUAUGGGGGACCAGGGCGGCGCGGAACUCUGGUUCCACCCCGAGAGCACAAGGAACGCGGGGCGUGGCCAGGCCGGCCCAGAGGCUCAGCGCCCUCCCGCGCCGCCCCGAAGUUGAGCAAAAAGUUUGAGGCUGGAGGGGAGCGAUCCUUUGGAGUCGGUGUCAGCCCAGUGCUCCACUUGUCCCUCUGUCGCGGGGCUGAGCCCGAGAGGAGCUGCGUUCCGCCACUGGCCGCUAGAGGGACAGACUGGAUCUGGCGGCCUCGGGGAAUGACGAGGGCGCUCUCACAGCCCAGGGAGGUGGAGAGGGCGAGCCCCACAGCCAGUCGCCAGACAUCCUCCUGGGCAACACCGAUAAGGAGCUGAACGCAGGAGCUGCGGUUACCUCUAGCAGCGCGGGGGAAGCACCGGUGGCCCCUUGUCAGCUGGAGCCCCGGGACCUGGCUAUGGAACCAGCACACUGCCCUCGGGGACUGCUGCCACGGCCGUGCAGAGUGCUGGUGCUGCUGAACCCCCGGGGGGGCAAGGGCAAGGCUCUGCAGCUCUUCCAGAGCCGUGUGCAGCCCCUUCUGGAGGAGGCCGAGAUAUCCUUUAAACUGAUGCUCACGGAACGGCAGAACCAUGCCAGGGAGCUGGUGUGUGCGGCGGAGCUGGGUUGCUGGGAUGCCCUGGCAGUCAUGUCCGGUGAUGGUCUGAUGCAUGAGGUGGUGAACGGGCUAAUGGAACGGCCUGACUGGGAGACUGCCAUCCAGAAACCCCUGUGUAGCCUCCCCGGAGGCUCUGGCAAUGCACUGGCAGCUUCCUUGAACUACUACGCUGGGUACGAGCAAGUGACUAAUGAAGAUCUCCUGAUCAACUGCACGCUGCUAUUAUGCCGCCGGCGCCUGUCACCCAUGAAUCUGCUGUCCCUGCACACCGCUUCUGGUCUGCGGCUCUUUUCUGUACUCAGUCUGUCCUGGGGUUUUGUUGCUGACGUGGACCUGGAGAGCGAGAAGUACAGGCGCUUGGGGGAGAUCCGUUUUACGGUGGGCACCUUCUUUCGACUAGCAAGCCUGCGCAUCUACCAAGGCCAACUGGCCUACCUUCCUGCAGGAAAUACUGCCUCUAAGAUGCCUGCUUCCACGCUGGCGCCGAGGGGCCCCGUCGACACAUACCUUGUUCCUCUGGAAGAGCCAGUGCCUUCUCAUUGGACCGUGGUACCACAACAGGACUUUGUUCUGGUGUUGGUGCUGCUACACACCCACCUGAGCACCGAGAUGUUUGCAGCACCCAUGGGCCGCUGUGAGGCGGGUGUUAUGCAUCUGUUCUAUGUACGAGCAGGAGUGUCAAGGGCCAUGCUGCUGCGCCUCUUCCUGGCCAUGCAGAAGGGCAGGCAUAUGGAAUUUGACUGUCCGUACUUGGUUCAUGUGCCUGUGGUUGCCUUCCGCCUGGAGCCCAAGGACCAGAGGGGAGUGUUUUCUGUGGAUGGAGAGCUGAUGACAUGUGACGCUGUGCAGGGCCAGGUGCACCCAAACUACCUUUGGAUGGUCUGUGGCAGCAGAGAUACCCCGUCUGGCUGGGACUCCCAGCGGAGGCCACCUCCAGAACCAUUAUGACUGUGCCUUUGUCUACUACACCUACACUGAGAUGGAACCCUCCCUUGCAACCAUCUCCUGGUAUGGGAAGUUAUUUCUAAAGCUCAUAAGGAGGUGGUGGGGACCCCUGUAGAGGAAGCUGAAAGGUGGGACUACGUCUUGGAAAGAAAGGCUCUGCCCUCUAGUUAGACUGAGACCCCGGGUAGAGUCCCACUGGCUGGGCCAGUUGCAUAUAGAAGGCGCUCCUUAUUGCUCUUGGGGCCCUUCCCUGAGAACCAAAUUCAAAUAAAGAGACUUUUCCAA